GGGGGGGGGGGGAAGGUGGAGGGAUGGAAUCGCCGUUGGAGUGGGGUUGGACGGGUUGGUGUGUGACUGCUGUGGAGCCCGAGUGGCUGGCGGAGCUGGGGCCCAUGUUCUUCAGCGUCAAGGAGGUGGGCGGCAGCCUGCUUGAGUCCAAGCGCAAGCAGCGCGCCGACAAGGAAGCCAUGGCUGCGGAGAUGGUGGCGGCCAAGGCCAAGAAGGAGGCGGAGGAGGCGGACCGGCUGCGGCAGACCGAGGCGCUGCGGAGCCGCGAGAGGGACGCCAUCGCCACGCCAGGACUGGGCGGCGCGGGGCGCAAGGGCACCACUCCCGCCACGUCCAGGCGCCGGCCGAUGGGGCUGUAGAGCCUGGUGUGGGCCGUGGGAAGGAGGGCGGGGUUUGGGGGGACAGGCAGGGAGAGGGAGAGGGAGUGGCGGGCUGCGGGUGGCUCUUGGGUAGGCUAGCGCAAUGGCAGCGGGCUGGCAGCUGGAUGCUGGAGAUGCCGUGCGAGGUUGCUGGGCUGCCGCUUAUAACUGAGGGGUGGCAAACGGCAGUCUGAGCAUUGCGUGAUUGACAAAAGAAAGGGUGUAGGUGGUGCCAUCGUACUGUACUGGAGGUACUGCCGUACUGGCGGCGAGAGCCGGAACAGUCAAGGCGUACUGGGGAAGUCAGGCGUACUGCUGCCUGUGAAGACGCUGUACCGCGUAUCACGUGCACCGAUGUUAUGAAGGACCAGGGGUCGUAUCUUGUUUUGGGGGUAAUGUCUAGCUCCAGACAAAAACGGCCGGGUGGCCGCCGUCUUUUGUCUGGGCACAUGGCGGUUUGGGGGCUUCUCCAUGGGAAUUCGGACAAAACCCGCCCCAAACCCGGGCCAACAAAGUCUCGCCCCAGACAAUAGCCCCCGGGAGGAAUGUCUAGGAAACUGCAAAAUGGCCAAUUAGUGUCUGGAGACAUUAAGAUAGGAGCCCUGUGAAGGACGUUGCCAUCGUCAAAGCCUGAGUUGUGUAGCCCCUUAUUUGGUGGCGGGCGGCGUGCGGGGACCUGUAUGUGUACGGUGUGCGAUGGGAGUAUGGGACAAGGUUAAGGCAGGUUGGUGAAUUCCCGGGGACCUGUGACGGUGCGAGUACAAUUGGGUGGAUGCAAUGCGAAGAUGAAAGGCUCUGCAGCAGGUGAGUAGGCCAGUGCAGGGGGAGUGCGUGCGCAUGCAUUCCAGCGCCAUCGGCUGAACGGACCAGCAGCGCUCGUAUCUUACGAAGGCAGGGGCGGCGUCAGUGGCCGAAUUCCUUAAAAUGGCUUCGUUUAGUUGACGAAACAGGCUGCCGCCGCUUCGUUCACCCCCAAAAUUUUUCCGGGGGCUCCGCCCCCGACCCGCACGAUGUAGACACCGACACGACA